UAAUAUACAUUGACUGAAAUGCAAUUACAAGUAGAGGUAAUCCACCAAAAACCUUUAUAUAAUUACGUAUUGGACUACAUAAAGUCAAAGAAUUUUGAAGUAGUACUCAGUAAAUAUCAUGAAAAAAGCAACACAAUUCGUUGUGGAGACCCUCAUAUCCUUAUUGAGCACUAUAAAGAAAAACUCAGAAAGAUAGAAAAACAGCUGGCAAAAGCGCGCAAAAAUAAAGCCCAAGAGCAAACAAAAAUAAUGGCAGAAUAUGCAUCAUUUGAAGUAAAAGAGACGGCACUUCGAAAAAAUUUUUUUAGAUUUAAUAAGUUUAUUAAAGAAAAUGGUGAAAAACGUGAAAGAGGGGCGAUUAAAAUGAAGGAAGAAAAAGAAGCGAUCAAAAAAUGGGAGGAAAAGACUAACCAUUUGAAAGGUUUAUUGGAUAAAUUGGAGAGUAUCAAAAAUGUCAUUGAUGAUGCUAUUAGAAAGCACAAGAUAUAUGAGAAUUUUUUUAUGAAAUGUUGUGGAGAUAUUUUCAAACAACCAGGGGAAAUAGUGGAAAGAUACGAACUUUUACUUGAAACAAGACAUACGCUAUUAGAAAGACAAAAUAACAUCCUCAUGACUUUAGAAAACUUCAAAACCGACCUAAUGAGAGAAACUGAAGCAGCAAAGUUGGUUAUUCUCGGGUUAAACACGAGGAUUUUCAACUUGCAAGAACGUUACGAAAACUCGAGGUAUAAAUCGACCGUGAAUGAGAACAUAAUUGUGGAUAUAUACGGGGUGGCUGGCGAGAAGUUGGAGGAAAUAACGGAAACGAAACUAACAGUGAAUGAGAUGUUUAUGUCGAUAAAUAAGACAGAUGAAAUCGUCAGGUAAGUAAGCAUGUUUUUGUUUUUCUGGGUUUUAAUGUGAAUUUUAGUGAUGUUGAGGAUUAUCACUACCAAUUGGCUUGCAUAAAAAAAUGCUUGGUGCAAUUUGACAGGAUGCAUAAGCACUUUAAGAAAGUAAUUGGUUGAUUAAGUCGAUUUUUUAUAUAUUGAAGUCCAAUUUUUCAUAUUUUUAUUGUAUAAAAAAGAUAAUAAAUGAAUGAUUUAUUGUGUUAUUAACAAAAAAACAUGGUUGUUUCUUAGUGGUUUAUUUUAUAAAAAUAGGGUAAUUAUAAAUAAUAAAUUAGAUGAUGAGUAUUAUCACACUGUACACUGAAAGAAAGUUUUUGUCAAAUUAAUUUUAAAAUGUAAACUUUUUCCAGUGUGCUUUAACAAGUAAAUUUUGGCAAAAUGAGUAUUCAGUCAAUUAAAAAAAUGUUACAACAUCCAUAUCCUCAUCUAAAUCUUCUAUAUUCAUACUUGGGCUGUUCUAUCCUCCUCCCCUCCAAAUCCACAAGCUCGGCCAACUCUUCAGUUGGUCUUCCGGACAUUGCUGCCAACUGGUUGACAUAAACGUCACCAGAAAGGUUUGGUGGGUUUUUGUCUUCAUCUUCCAAGCUUUCGAGUUUUUGGAUUUUUUUCGGUUGAUAUUGCAACGAAGGCGGGAUGAACUCAGAGUCCUUGUUGUAGCUUUGCAUUUUAUUUUCCAGCAACUCGUUUACCAAGGUAUCACGAGAUAGAUCAACGGGUUUGUAGUAUGUUGGAUAAACUGUGUUGUCUUCAUCAUCAAAAGAUUCGAUGUUGUCAUAUCUUAUUGGUUGUCUUUGGAUUGUCUCGUCGAAAUCUUCC